AACAGCCAUCCUCCUUUCCUCUGUCGUUGCAAUUCCAGCACGCGAAAUUUUCUACAUUUAUUUUAUAAAGCAAACUAAAUUCACUUCUUUUUUAUGUGUUUUUUCUUUUAUUUCCCAAUUUUAUUAACCUCAUUUUUGUUCUAUUUUCUAAUUCUUUUACCUCUCAGUACCAUUCCCGAAGUGCUUAAAAGACUCCAUGCAUAUAGGUUAGGUUAAUUUCUUCUGGGUUCUCUUCUCUCCAAUUUCCAGAGAAAAAGAAAGAAAUAUGGGUCACUCCAGCUUCCAAGAUGAAGAUGAUGAUGAAGAAGAAUACGAGGAGGAAGCUAGUGGGGGUAAUCGGCUUCUGGGUUUUAUGUUUGGGAAUGUCGAUAAUUCUGGUGAUCUUGAUGCUGAUUAUCUUGAUGAGGAUGCAAAGGAGCAUCUUGCUGCGGUAGCAGACAAGCUGGGUCCAUCUCUUACGGAUAUAGAUCUGUCAGAAAAAUCACCGCACACUCCUGCUGAUGCUGCUGACCAAGAUUAUGAUGAGAAGGCUGAAAAUGCCAUUGACUAUGAAGAUUUUGACGAGGAGUAUGAUGGUCCAGAGAUUGAAGCUGCUACUGAGGAGGACCGUUUACUUCCCAAAAAGGAAUAUUUUACUGCUGAUGUUUCUUCUGCUUUGGAGCCUAAAUCCUCUGUAUUUGAUGAUGAAAACUAUGAUGAGGAUGAGGAAAGUGAAAAGGAACAAGAGGUGGUAGGUGAGCAGGAAGAGCGUACGGUACCAUUUGAAGUAGAAAAAUCUCCUGAGGAUGAUGUACAGUGUGGCUCUUCAGAUAGUGAAAAACAAGCAGAUGGUACUGAAGAUUUUCAGGAAAUAGCUGGUGUUCUGGAGGAGCCAUUAGAUGGUCAAGGUUCCACUCCUCUGCCUGUUUUAUGUGUUGAAGAUGGUAUGGUAAUCUUACGGUUUUCAGAAAUAUUUGGUAUUCAUGAACCCUUGAAGAAAGCAGAUAAAAGAGAGCAUGGCUAUUUCACUCAUAGAGAGAAAUACAAAUCUAUGGAUGCAUCUGAUCUUGUAGAAGAGGAUGAAGAGGUAUUUCUAAAGGGCACUGGUCAAGGGUUUUCAUUCAUUGGAUGGGAAAAUGCCAUCCAACAAGAUAGCCCUGAAUUUACUGAUGAACCUCUUGUGCAAGGAGGCUUGGCAAUGUCUGCACACAAUGAAGAACACAUUAAGGAUUCUUAUUCUAGUCCAGAACCAAUGAAAGAGGACAUAGUAGUAAAUAUUUCUACUGGAUGGCAGUCACCUUCAUGUCCAAGAUUUUUUGCCCUUGACCAGCUGGACUGGGAAGAACAAAUUCUUUGGGACAAUUCUCCUGCAAUAAGUGGCGACUCUUUGGAGAGUCCUGAAAUCUCUGUCUCUGAUUUGGAAGCUUCAGUUGCAAGAGAGACCAUUCCACAGACGGGGCAAAAUAUACUGUCUGAGCAUUCUACAAAACCCUAUGAGAAGGACCAUGACAGCAGCCUUUGUAGUUCCUCUGUUUUUUUGGAACCGUUUGGCUCAAGAAAUUCUUCAGGAUCUAUGGACCUUUCCUUCAUGGACAGAUUCCAUCCCCAACUCUUAAGGUUGGAAUCUCCGUUGGGAGUAGAUUCUUCAAAUGAUGGUGAUCAUAAAAGAGAAUAUGUUACCAUAGAUACAGAUAAAAGUGAUGUUGUGAGGUGUUUUAACCAACUUACGUUGCAAAAUAGAGAUAUGAUGGAAGGGUCAUGGUUAGACAAUAUUAUAUGGGAACCACAUAGUGUGAUUGCAAAGCCUAAGUUAAUUCUUGAUCUUCAAGAUAAGCAGAUGCUUUUUGAAAUUUUUGAUAACAAGGAAAGUAAACAUCUUCAGCUCCAUGCAGGGGCUAUGAUCAUUACUCGACCUGUAAAGCCAAGCAGUCUUGGUUCUUCCGAGGUGUCAGGUCAUAAAUAUCAACCUGGUUGGCAAUUCAAUAUUGCUAAUGACAAGUUCUAUGUGAACCGUAAAGUUUCUCAACAGUUACAAUCAAAUUCUAAUAAACGCAUGGCUCAUGGUGUCAGAGUUCAUCAUUCAGCACCUGCACUUAAGCUUCAAACAAUGAAGUUGAAGUUGAGCAAUAAAGAUAUAGCAAAUUUUCACCGUCCAAGAGCGAUAUGGUAUCCACAUGAUAUUGAGGUGGCUGUCAGGCAACAAGGGAGGCUGCCAACACAAGGACCCAUGAAAAUUAUAUUGAAGAGCUUGGGAGGCAAAGGAAGCAAACUACAUGUUGAUGCUGAGGAAACUGUCUCUUCUGUUAAAGCAAAGGCUUCUAAGAAGCUAGAUUUCAAGCCAUUAGAAACAGUAAAAAUGUUUUAUCUUGGGAAGGACCUUGAAGAUGAUAAGUCUCUUGCUACCCAAAAUGUUCAACCAAAUUCUCUGCUUCAUCUUAUUCGCACAAGAAUACAUCUAUUGCCAAGGGCACAAAAACUUCAAAGAGAAAAUAAGUCUUUACGGCCUCCCGGGGCAUUUAAGAAGAAAUCUGAUCUUUCUGUGAGAGAUGGUCACAUUUUUCUAAUGGAGUAUUGUGAGGAGAGGCCUUUACUUUUGAGCAAUCCAGGGAUGGGUGCAAACCUGUGCACUUACUAUCGAAAAGCAUCUUCAGGUGAUCAAACUGGUGGAUUGUUACGCAAUGGAAAUCAAACGUUGGGAAAUGUUCUGCUUCUAGAGCCAGCUGAUAAAUCACCUUUCCUUGGAGAUAUUAAAGCCGGCUGUAGCCAGUCAUCUCUUGAAACAAACAUGUACAAGGCUCCCAUAUUUUCUCACAAGGUGCCAUCAACAGACUUCCUAUUGGUUAGAUCAGCGAAGGGAAAGCUUUCCAUACGACGUAUUGAUAAGAUUGCUGUUGUCGGACAACAGGAGCCUCUCAUGGAGGUAAUUUCUCCUGGAUUGAAGAAUCUUCAGACAUAUCUCAUGAAUAGGAUGUUGGUUUAUGUGUAUCGGGAGUUUUCUGCAGCUGCCAAGCGUGGUUUGACUCCAUUCAUUGGUACAGAUGAGUUGUUUACUCAUUUUCCUAACCUUUCAGAUGCAAUUGUCAGGAAAAAGCUGAAGGAAUGUGCUUAUUUGCGGAGGGAUAAAAGUGGACGGCAGAUUUGGUCCAUGAAGCCUGAUUUCCAUAUUCCACCCGAAGGUGUUCUGAGAAAGUUGGUCUUUCCGGAGCAUGUGUGUGCCUAUGAAAGCAUGCAAGCUGGUCUGUACCGGCUCAAACAUUUAGGAAUCACACGACUAACACAUCCUACCACUAUUUCAUCUGCAAUGAGUCAACUCCCUGAUGAAGCUAUUGCUCUGGCUGCUGCAUCACACAUUGAAAGAGAGCUUCAGAUAACUCCAUGGAGUCUCAGUAGCAAUUUUGUUGCAUGUACAAGCCAGGACAGAGAAUGUAUUGAGCGCCUGGAAAUAACUGGUGUCGGUGAUCCUUCUGGUCGAGGCUUAGGAUUUAGCUACGUUCGUACUGCUCCUAAGGCUCCAAUGUCAAAUGCUAUGAUGAAGAAGAAAACAGCUGCUGGUCGUGGAGGUUCUAGUGUAACUGGGACAGAUGCUGACCUUCGUAGAUUAAGCAUGGAGGCAGCACGAGAGGUUCUUUUGAAGUUCAAUGUUCCUGAUGAAGUGAUUGCAAAACAAACUAGGUGGCAUCGUAUUGCUAUGAUACGCAAGCUCUCAAGUGAGCAAGCUGCAUCAGGAGUCAAGGUUGAUCCGACAACUAUCAGCAAAUAUGCACGGGGCCAACGAAUGUCCUUUCUCCAGUUGCAACAGCAGACCAGAGAAAAAUGUCAGGAAAUAUGGGAUCGACAAGUUCAGUCUCUUUCAGCUGUUGAUGGUGAAGAAAAUGAAAGUGACUCUGAGGCAAAUAGUGAUCUUGAUUCCUUUGCUGGUGACCUUGAAAAUUUGCUUGACGCAGAGGAAUUUGAAGAAGGGGAAGAGGUUAACAAUGAUAACAAGAUUGACAAAGUGGACGGUGUUAAGGGGCUCAAGAUGAGAAGGCGCCCCUCUAAAGCUCAGGCAGAAGAGGAAAUUGAAGAUGAAGCUGCUGAAGCUGCUGAAUUAUGUCGUUUACUCAUGGAUGAUGAUGAUGAGCAAAAGAAGAAAAAGAAGAAGAAAAACAAAGCUGUUGCUGGAGAUGUUGGGUUGAGUUUUGGCUUACAAUCACGUAUCAGCAGUGAGAAUGUACAACGUGUUAAGAAAGCAAGCACGAUUUCCAAGCAAAUCGUUGGUGCUACUCAACCUAAUGGGUCAUAUACUACGAACGAAAACAUUGUUAAGGAUCCAAAGGAUAUUGAAAGUAGAAUGUUUAAAGGAAACUUGUCUGGAAAGGUGAAAGGAAUGAAAAAGAAUGGUAUGUCAAGCACAGGUCCACUGACAAAAGUCAAAAUAUUGGGAGACAAUGUUAAGCUGUUCAAGGAGAAGAAAUCAUCAAGAGAGACGUUUGUCUGUGGAGCUUGUGGUCAGCUUGGACACAUGAGGACCAACAAGAACUGCCCCAAGUAUGGAGAAGAUCCAGAGUUACAGGUUGAUGCUGCUGAUUUCGAAAAACCUUCAGGAAAAUCAACUUCGCUGGAACCCUCUGGUCUGUCCCAGUUGAAAACUAUGAAAAAGAAGCUCAUACCUAAAAGUGCGACAAAGAUAGCUGUUGUAGAAGCUUCUGAGGGUGAAAAAUCUAGUUCAAAUGCAAAAGCUUUCCCAUUGAAGUUCAAAUGCUCUACUGAUAGGCCUUCUGAUAAACUUGCUUCUGGAGCCACACAAAGUUCUGACUAUCAAGUUACUUCUGAUCCAGAAAGUGGAAUCAAGUCUGUUGCGAAGGUUAGUAAAAUAAUUAUUUCCAACAGAGCAAAGCCUGAUGAAAUGCAGGUUGAGUCUCAGAAGCUGCCUUUCGUCAUACGUCAUCAAAUGGAUAAUGAUAGAGGGCAAGCUGAAUCUCAUAAGAGAUCUAUUGUUAUACGGCCACCAACAAAUAUGGAGAGGGACCAAGUUGAACCUCAUAAACCCUCUGUUGUCAUACGCCCACCUGCAGAUAAAGAUAGAGAGCAACCUCACAAGAAAAUUAUAAUCAAGCGACCAAAGGAGAUUAUUGAUCUGGAUCAGAUUUGUCAGGAGGGAGGCACUUAUCCUGAGUACAGGAAAACAAAAAAAAUAGUUGAAUUGUCAAGCUUUGAGAAGCAUGGGAAGCAGGAAAGCUUGCGAUUAACAGAGCAAACAGCAAGGCGCAAAGCCAAAGAGGAGAAAGGAUGGUGGGAAGAGGAACAGAAGAGGAGAAAUAUGGAGAUGCUAAGAGAAGAAAGGGCAAGGAAGCUUUAUGAGGAAAAACUGAGAGCACUGGAAGAGCGAGAAAGAUUUGCUGAGAUCACAAGAUACACAGAAGACAUUCGGAGAGAGAGGGAGGAAGAAGAACGCCAGAAAGCGAAGAAGAAAAAGAAGAAGAAAAAAGCUGACAUAAAAGACGAUUAUUUAGAAGACUACAGGACAAGAAGAAAUGACAGAAGAACGCUGGAAAGAGACCGAGGUGCAAAAAGGAAACCGGUUGAGUUAGGACGAUAUGGUGCAGAGUAUGUCCCUCCAACAAAGCGACGCAGAGGGGGAGAGGUUGGUUUGUCCAAUGUCUUAGAGCGGAUUGCAGAAACACUUAGGGAUAAUACCGAGUUGUCCUAUCUGUUUCUAAAGCCAGUGUCCAAGAAGGAGGCUCCUGACUACCUGGAUAUCAUAAAGCGCCCAAUGGAUUUGUCCACCAUAAGGGACAAGGUUAGGAGGAUGGAAUACAAAGAUCGAGAGGAAUUUAGACAUGAUGUGUGGCAGAUUGCCUAUAAUGCUCACAUCUACAAUGAUGGUCGCAAUCCAGGCAUUCCUCCUCUUGCUGAUCAGCUUUUGGAGCUUUGUGACUACUUGAUGGAUGAGUAUCAUCAGAGCUUGUGUGAAGCUGAAGCUGGAAUAGAAGCUAGGGAUACUUAAUUAGCUGACAGAUUACAAUUUUUUGUUUAUCUGAAAGCCACAAUUUCUUUGAGCAGCUUCUUCUCUAGGUUUGGGGGGUUUCCAGGGUUUGAUUUCAUAAGGGGAUGUCUCUUUGAAAAAGAACUACAGUGGCUUGCCUGUUCUUUCUGUAUAUGGUAAUAGAGCUCUGUGUAUAUGUAUGCAAAAGCACAAGUACUUUUGAGUCCGUUCGGGCAUCAAAAGAAACUAGGUCAAGUAGGAUUGUUGUGGCUGAAAGAGAUGGUGAUAAGCAAGGUGAGUAGCCAGUAAAUGAUGGUUUGAAUUACGUGGUAAAGCUUGUAGACCAUUUCCCUGUUGAGAGCAUAGGCCAUUUGGGAGUAAUUCUUUAGUACAUUCCCUCAAAAUGGAAGAACCCAAGGCAAUGAACCAGAAGAGCUUCAUCCUGACAUUAUGUUGGCCAAGGGAAGAAGCAUUCCCAUUAAAAAUAAAGAUCCCAGGCAAUCCUUCUGACGAGCUUUAUCUUGGCAUUUCUGAAGCUUGUGUGUGCAAAGUAAGUUGAUGUGAAUGCUCCGGCUGUCCAGAGAGGUUAGGCUGGGUUUCAGGUUUUGUUGUUUUAGUUUUUAAUAAGUUAUGAGGGAGAGAGAGAGAGGGAGGGAGAUGAGGCCGAUGUAAAGAAUUUUGACACACAAAUUAACAACUGUCUGUACCAUAUGUAUCUGUACGUCUACUGUAUUUUUGUAGAUAAUCACAAUCAAAUUGAGUUUAAUCCUU